CAUGGGGGGACUGACUCUGGUCUUUUCCCCGGUGCCCGGUUCUGCUGUGUUCCUCUCCUCUGCACCUUUCCCGGUGGCAAAUUGGCCUAGAAGGGAGACGUCUGCUGGAUGUAAGUUCAGGCAAGUCUUCAGGGGGGCGGACUGACCAACUGGAAACUCGGCCACUGCCCGAGGGCCCGGGGUCAGUAGAGGGCCCCAUGAGAUGCCCCUGGUACCUUUUUCAUAGGCUUUUUUGAGUUUGGGCAAGGACACAGGGGCCCCAUGAUCCCCUAUUGCCCAGGGGCCCCAUGA